GAUCCAAAGUCCAAACAACACACUAACCAAACGGCCACAUCUAAUUCAAAAAUAUGACAAGUAGGUUCGGAGAGUGGAGCUGCUAGGUUCGGCACUGCCAAGCAGAGAAGAAGAGAAAUGGACGAUAAAGCAGCAGAACAGAAACCUCACUCACUACCAGAAGGAGAGAGAGAGAGAGAGAGAGAGCACUCGCUCGCUCCGCAACUUUUUAUCUGUCGCCUGUAUGAGAGGAGAAUGUGAGCGUACUCCAUGGUUAGAGGCAAAGUAAAGUAGAAGGGAAAGAAGAAAGCGAAAUAAAGGAAGAAAGAGAAGCCGCAUCGCGAGAAAAGUAAGCAAGGGAGAGACGAAACAGUCGCCGGCGAGGGAGGAAGAAAUGGCCGAGUGCGGGGCAUUGUCGUUCUCGGCGGCUUCGGUGGUGGAGGAUGUACUUCAACAGCACGGGACUAGGUUGGGAGUCGUUGAUUUGGACUCCAGACGAGCUGAGGAAGCCGCCUCAAGAAGGUAUGAAGCGGCCGGGUGGUUGAGGAAGACGAUCGGAGUACUGGCGGCCAAGGAUUUACCAGCUGAGCCAUCGGAAGAAGAGUUCAGACUUGGGCUCAGGAGCGGAAUCAUCCUCUGCAAUGCCCUCAAUAAGGUUCAAACUGGAGCUGUCCCCAAGGUGGUUGAGAGCCCGUGUGAUGCCGCUCUUAUACCAGAAGGCGCAGCGUUGUCAGCAUUUCAGUAUUUUGAGAAUGUCAGGAAUUUCCUUGUGGGUGUGCAGGAAAUGGGAAUUCCAACUUUUGAAGCCUCUGAUCUUGAGCAAGGAGGUAAAUCUGCAAGGGUGGUCAAUAGUGUUUUGGCACUUAAGUCUUACAGUGAAUGGAAACAAGCAGGAGGAAAUGGAGUUUGGAAGUUCGGUGGGAAUGUAAAACCUACUGUCCCAACAAAAUCUUUUGUGAGAAAGAAUUCGGAGCCCUUCACCAAUUCUUUGUCUAGGAAUAUGUCAGCAUAUGAGAAGCAUUUGAACACUCUCUCUGCUGAUGUUGAUCCUAGUAAAAUGGUUACUGGAUCCUUGAGUAUGCUUGUUCGUGCAGUUCUGUCAGAUAAGAAACCAGAAGAAGUUCCCGGGUUGGUUGAAUCAGUGCUCUCAAAGGUGGUUGAGGCGUUUGAGAAUCGUAUUUCAGGCCACUAUGAUAUGGCAAAGAGUAAUAAAGAGAGUGCUGUUUGUCAGACCAACAAGUUCUCCACCCACUCUGCACCCCUUGAUAAAAAGGCUGAAGCCAAAAGCACCAGAGUCUAUAAGAAAGAAGAAAGCUAUGAGAAAUGUCACGUGCCUACUGAGGAAAUGAGAAGUAAAAUCCUGAAGCAGCAGGCACUGUUUGAUCAACAGCAACACGACAUUCAGGAUUUGAAGCAAACUCUCCACAUUGCAAAAGCUGGUAUGCACUCCAUGCAGAGAGAGUUUCAUGAGGAGUUUAACACUCUAGGUGUGCAUAUUCAUGGCCUAGCUCAUGCUGCAUCCGGUUACCACAAGGUUCUUCAAGAGAACCGUAAGCUGUACAAUCAGGUCCAAGACCUUAAGGGAAGUAUCCGGGUUUACUGCCGAGUGAGGCCAUUUCUUUCUGGACAAUCAAACUUCUUGAGCAGUGUGGAUUCUUUGGAAGAAGGAACCAUUUCUAUUAAUACAUCAUCGAAACAUGGGAAGAGCAGGAAAUCCUUCAGCUUCAAUAAAGUCUAUGGACCAUCUGCAACCCAAGCUGAAGUCUUCUCUGAUAUGCAACCAUUAAUUCGCUCUGUUCUCGAUGGAUACAAUGUCUGCAUAUUUGCAUAUGGUCAAACAGGAUCAGGAAAGACUUACACCAUGACAGGACCCAGAGAUCUUACAGAGCAAAGCAAAGGUGUAAACUAUAGAGCAUUGAGCGAUUUGUUUCUUCUAGCGGAACAAAGAAAAGACACCUUCUGUUACAAUGUGGCAGUUCAGAUGAUUGAGAUUUACAAUGAACAAGUUCGAGAUCUUCUUGUUAGUGAUGGAAGCAACAAGAGAUUAGAAAUUCGCAACAGUUCACAGACGGGUCUAAAUGUACCGGACGCAAACCUAGUUCCAGUAGCAUCAACAUCUGAUGUCAUCUACUUGAUGAACUUGGGACAUCGAAACCGUGCAGUGGGUGCCACAGCCCUCAAUGACCGCAGCAGCCGUUCUCAUAGUUGCUUGACUGUUCACGUCCAAGGAAAAGACUUGACCUCUGGAAAAGUUCUGCGUGGGUGUAUGCACUUGGUUGAUCUGGCAGGGAGUGAGAGGGUAGAUAAAUCUGAGGUUAGAGGUGAUAGACUGAAAGAGGCGCAGCAUAUCAAUAGAUCGCUUUCAGCUCUAGGAGACGUGAUUGCUUCCCUCGCUCAAAAGAAUCCCCAUGUCCCUUACCGGAACAGCAAACUUACUCAACUGCUUCAAGAUUCACUUGGAGGCCAAGCCAAGACGCUAAUGUUUGUUCACAUCAGUCCUGAACCUGAUGCUGUUGGAGAAACCAUAAGCACGCUUAAAUUUGCAGAACGAGUUGCAACCGUAGAACUCGGUGCUGCUCGAGUGAACAAAGAUAGUUCAGACGUAAAAGAGCUUAAAGAACAGGUUGCCUCCCUUAAGGCAGCAUUAUUGAAGAAAGAAGCCAGAGAGCAAACCGCAUAUGGGAGCAACGACAGACACAAAAGAGUAAAGGAAUCUGAGUACUCACCAUUUAAUUCUAACCAGCGUCUUGGAAAUGUUGACCAUGAAAGCGGUAACCUCAGACAACCAAUGGGCGAUGUAGGCAACAUAGAGGUCCGAACAAAUACUUUGUUGAGGCAAACGACACAAAGUUUUGAUCAGGAUGAACUAUUGACGAAUUCACCGCCAUGGCCACCCAUCAUUAGUCACAGCCAAAAUUGUGGAGAGCAGGAGAGAGAAAUAGGGUCUGGUGAGUGGGUGGACAAGGUGAUGGUGAACAAGCAGGAUGCUGCAAACAGACUUGACAGCUCUUUAGGUUGCUGGGAAGCAGAGAAUGGGCAUUUCCCUGAAGCAAUGUACCAGAAGUAUCUCUCGGAUCCUAGUAAAGCUUAUUCGCAGCAGUCAUACAACGUGUUCACAGGCAACAGCGGGUUCACCACGUACAAUGCUUCCAGCACAGACGAGAUGGAUGAUCUAGAUGCUGACACCUGUGACUCGUCAGAACCUGAUCUGCUAUGGCAGUUCAAUCAGUGCAAACUCGGCAACAUGGGGAGUGGGAUGGAGCGGAAGAACAAGAAAACAACUUCAUCAACUGCAUCAAGAACUCCAGACUUGAGGCAGCAUAACUCGUCCCCUAUGCUCGGCCCUUCUCCAUCACGGAAAUUGCCAUCCGGCAAUGGAGUUCCAGUGCACCGGAAGGGAAGGCAAACGAUGACUGCCACUGAUGGGAAACGCAAGCCCGGGAACAGAAAAUAGAGGUUCAUCUAGCAGCCAGCCACAACCACGUUCAGAGAGGUUGCAAUUUGUCUUUGAUACCUGAUUUUUUUUUUAUCUAUAGAAAGUUACACAAUGGUUUGAAGAUUGGUUGUGCCAUUUUUUUUUUUUUUUUUGUCUUCUUUUUAUCUGUUACGGUUUGUUGAUUGAGAGUGAGGGAGAGAGAGGUGUGUUUACUGAGUGCUUAUCUUUUUAUCUGAGUUGCUUUGUAAACUUCGAGUUUGGGUUUAGAGUGGUGUCUCUCUUCUGUAUAUUCAUUGUAUUACCAGUUACCAAUACUGUUGUUCUCUAUUUGUAAACUUUGAACUUGCAGUCAGACGCCCCUCAUCUUUUGGGGUAGCUGUAAUAAGAUUUCUUUUUUUUU